AAUCUGACAACACUUCCAAUCUACUCAGAACAACCCCUCUCUCUCCAGCAGAGUGUCACCUCCUCCUUUAGGACUACCAAGCUCUGCUAAGUGGAUCUCAUCCUGCCUACAGGAUCCUGUUGCAAGGCUUUCACUCUUCUCCUUGCCUGGGUGUAAAUCUCUUCUGCUGAAUCUCAGAAAAUCAAAUUCCAUCCUGAGAAUAUUUUACCAAGAAUUUCCUUAGGAGCUGUGCUGGGGUCCUACGAUGAUACACCAACCACUUGUGCUGCCUCCUGUCAAAACUUUGGAUGGCCCUACUUUCAGGUCAUGACCUCUGGAUUUAAGAAAUUCUUAAAGUCAAUGUCGAAUAUGAUCUAAGAGAAAAUGUGAUUUGAGUCUGGAGACAAUUGUACAUAUUACCCAAUAAUAAAAACCCAGGAUAGCUGAUAGAAGAAAAAACAAUUAUUUGGAAGAUUGCUGCAGUUCAAAAGAAAAGCUGAUUCUGGUUUGAUUUAUAUUAUAUAACAUAUUUCAUUUUGGCUUUAAUGAUGGAGAAAAACUGUAUCCUGUAUUUUUUGUUCCUUUUGCCUUUUUUUAUGAUUCUUAUCAGAGCAGAAUCAGAAGAAGAAAGCCUUGAUGACUUCACUAAGUUGGGGGUUACUAGAAAUAAAAUCAUGACAGCUCAAUAUGAAUGUUACCAAAAAAUUAUGCAAGACCCCAUUCAACAAGCAGAAGGAGUUUACUGCAACAGAACCUGGGAUGGAUGGCUGUGCUGGAAUGACGUUGCGGCAGGAACCGAAUCAAUGCAGCUCUGCCCUGACUACUUUCAAGACUUCGAUCCCUCAGAAAAAGUUACAAAGAUCUGUGACCAAGAUGGAAACUGGUUUAGACAUCCAGCGAGCAACAGAACAUGGACAAAUUAUACCCAGUGUAAUGUGAACACACACGAGAAAGUAAAGACUGCACUGAAUUUGUUUUACCUGACUAUAAUUGGACAUGGAUUAUCUAUUGCAUCACUGCUUAUCUCACUUGGCAUUUUCUUUUAUUUCAAGAGCCUAAGUUGCCAAAGGAUUACCUUGCACAAGAAUCUGUUCUUCUCCUUCGUUUGUAACUCUGUUGUAACAAUCAUUCACUUCACUGCCGUGGCCAACAACCAAGCCUUAGUAGCCACAAAUCCUGUUAGUUGCAAAGUGUUCCAGUUCAUUCAUCUUUACCUGAUGGGCUGUAAUUACUUUUGGAUGCUUUGUGAAGGCAUUUACCUACACACACUCAUCGUGGUGGCCGUGUUUGCAGAGAAGCAACACUUGAUGUGGUAUUAUUUUCUUGGCUGGGGAUUUCCACUGAUUCCCGCUUGUAUUCAUGCUGUUGCCAGAAGCUUAUAUUACAAUGACAACUGCUGGAUCAGUUCUGAUACCCAUCUCCUCUACAUUAUCCACGGCCCAAUUUGUGCUGCUUUACUGGUGAAUCUUUUUUUUCUAUUGAAUAUUGUACGUGUUCUCAUCACCAAGUUAAAAGUCACGCACCAAGCAGAAUCCAAUCUCUACAUGAAAGCUGUGAGAGCCACUCUUAUCCUGGUGCCACUGCUUGGCAUUGAGUUUGUGCUGAUUCCAUGGAGACCAGAAGGAAGGAUUGCAGAGGAGGUAUAUGACUACAUCAUGCACAUCCUUAUGCACUUUCAGGGUCUUCUGGUCUCUACAAUUUUCUGCUUCUUUAAUGGAGAGGUUCAAGCAAUUCUGAGAAGAAACUGGAAUCAAUACAAAAUCCAAUUUGGAAACAGUUUUUCCCACUCAGAUGCUCUCCGUAGUGCAUCUUACACGGUGUCAACAAUCAGUGACAUUCCAGGUUAUAGUCAUGACUGUCCUAGUGAACACUUAAAUGGGAAAAGCAUCCACGAUAUUGAAAAUGUUAUGUUAAAACCAGAAAAGUUAUAUGAUUGAAAAUAGAGAGAUCAUUGCCUAACUGUGUGUGCCACUUCUAACUCAAGGACUUGGAUACAUGACUUUACACCCAGAAGACUUCAGUAUUAAAUGAAUUUUUUGAAUGUCAUAAAGAAAAGCAUCACAUGGAAUUAGUAGUGUGUUUAAAUGUGUAACAACCAGCUCUAUGCAGGGGAAAAAAUUCCUGAUUUAUAAUGUUUUACAGUAAAUACUCUCACUGUGACUGAUGUCAAGCUACCAAACUGAUUAUGGAAUUGGAGAAAAGAUAAGCCCAAUCAACUCUUGCUAGCUGGUGUGAGCCAGUUCCUGCACGACACUGCAUAAAUUCACAAUGAAUGACUGUAAAACUUCAUAUACACAUUGGGCAUGAUUCUACUCUUGUUGCCUGAAGAGACCUAGCUAAGGCCUACAGACAGAAGGAAAAAUUAGUUUUUUGAUUGUUUGCUUUAAAAAUCUUUAUCCCACCUCCAUUGGAGCAACUGAAUUUUUUGCCCAGAAAGUACUCUAGUCCUUUUCGUAAUUACCUUCUCAAAUGGCCCAAAGAGUGAACUAUCCCUGUUGGCUUACUCUCUUUUAUUUCAGAAAAACAAUUGAGCAGAAUUGCUGUGAGCUACUCAUUUGCUGAUACAUCACAGUUAUACCCCAUGUCAUAUCCCUUUUUGAGACUUGGUGAACAGGAUAUAUGAUCUUCAGUCCUAAUUCUGUAUCAUUAGGAAGACACCUUGGUUGAUGCUAUAAAACACCUUGUCAGCCACUUCCUGUCUGACUACACAAGUGGGAGGAAAUCAAUUUCCCAGUAUCUGUAAAUAGACACUUUACCCCUACCAUUUCUACUGUGUAGACAAAUUAGCAAUCAUUUUAGUACAGGAAAUCAAUGAAAGAUUUCUUAUUUUCUUGGAAUUUUGUAAAAAAAAAAAAAAUUGUUGUGAAAAAUGAGCUUGUAAAUACUCCAUUAUUUUAUUUUAUGGUUUCAAAAUCAAAUACACACAACUUAGGUAAUUUUUGAAAAGCACAUAUAUAAUACAACAAUAUACACAUAUUAAUAUCUGAUACUGUAUCUGGGCUGAUUUUAUAAUAAAAUAGAGUCUGGAAUUCUAUAUUUGGUAAAUAUUUUAAAGACAACCAGAUGCCAGCAUCAGAAAUUUAAGAACUGAGAAAACAGAAACAUCUAUAAUAAGAUAUAAAAUAUUUAUUUUAAAAAUAUAAGGCCAUUAUUUUAUUGAAUUUUUUUUUUUGGUGAUUCACACUUUAAUCAAGGUGUGCUUGACAUAUUUCUCCUUUUAUUUUGACGAAGAACUCACAUUCUAAUCCAGAAAUUUUAAACAACUACUGUAAUAAAUGCCAACCUUCUACUCUUACGGAUUUUACCCUAUUAAACUAUUACUUUACUGACUUUUACUAUAUGAAGAUAUAUGGCUUUGGAAAUGUCCCAGGUUAUUCAAGGAAAAAAAAGCCUAGAGGAAUACAGUAUAUAUCAUAUACAAUGUUUUAAUCUUUUAAUAGAGCUACUGUAUAUGAUCAUACAAACCAUUGAAAGACUUGAAUAUAUCAUCGAGGAAGAAUUGUUAUCAGAUGUUUAUGGAUUAAAUAAAGAUGGAAGAAAGCCUUGCUAAUGAAUUAAAGUGACAUUUAAGUGGUAUUCAGUUUCUCUGAUGUUGUUUUUCACUAAAAUCUCUAAAGAACAAGAAUGACUUCAAUUAUUAAAAGUUAAUUUUGGAAGUCAUUAUGUAUAUCUGUUUUUGAAGUGUGUCAAUCUGUUUAAAAUUGAUUAAACUAAUGAAAUAGUCACCAUAAAUUUUAUCUUAAGCUGUCAAUAGAUAAUGAAUUCAGAAGUCAGUUGAAAUUGACAAGAAAUAUUAUCUAAAGUGGUAAGAAUUAACAUUAAUUGGUCUAGUCAAUACAUUUAAUAUAUAAUUUAUCUAUACAUGUAUAGGUAUUUAGUUUCAAAUUUAUGGAUUUCAUAGCAAGCUUUCAUAAAAAGGAACAUAGACUGUUCUGGACUUUCAACUGCCUAAUUAUACAAAAACUCCUUUUAGUAAACUCAAUUCUUAGCUGUUUAUUAUUCAAAGACAGAAAUUCAAAUCCUUUGCUACAAUGUUCACAUAUUUCAGCAUUCUUCUAGACAAACUGUCAAGUCUCAACCAUAAAUGACAGUAAGAAAAUGUUGAAUUAUCAGAGAACAUCAUAUUAAAAUGAUAUUAUCAUUUUCAAGUAUUUUUGUUGUGUUUUUGUCAUAUUAAGUUUAGAUCAGAUUUCUUUUAUAGCUAGCGUUCAUCUAUUGUACAGCCGUCAGGUAUACCAGUCAGUUCAUGAUUAAUCAGUGUUAAUUUUGUACCCAUAUAUUUUUAGGAGUAAUAUUUUUAAAUAUUAGAUUUAUCUAAAGCCGAAGUGCUAAUUAAGAUCUUUGUAUCAUACUGGUAAGGAAAAGUAAAUCUGAUACUUUUUAAAAGCAAACUUCUUUGGUAUCUAAAAACUAAGUUCGGGAAUUUCUAGCUUUUAAAAUGUGGAUCUGCCAUAUUCUGCAAUUACUUGUGAAAGUCAUAUAUUAAUUUUCUAAAAAUUUAAAUCCGUUUUUCUAAAGUUCUUUUCCAGUGCAUUUAUUCAUAAAAUAUCUAUUCUGUAAUUUACUGUUUGUUUAAAUGUAAUCCAUUGUACAUAGAAUCAGUGGUAAUCAUAGUGCUGUAUUUAUUGCUUAUAGUUUUUCUUGAAAAUGUGAACUUAUUUCAAUUUUCUCUUGGUUUUAAUCUGCUAAUGGAAACCACCAUUUAUCUGUAAAAAUAUAAUCAAAAUAUUCUGAUCAAUUAAAACAACUUAUGUUUUGCCUACUUAAA